AUGACGCCAGAGCUGGGCUGGAGCGAGACCAACUCGUUGGUGAUGCAGUUCCUCAUUCAGCACUCGCUGCCCGUCCGUCUUCGCUACUCAAACGCGGCGGCCACCCUUCUCUCCAGCUGCCCUGGCGACAGUCUCAUGGAGACCGAGGCGGUUGGGGGGCUCUGCGACUCUGCCGUGGCACCGCCGCAGCAAACAGCGCAGCCUCCGCAGCCUCAGCCGCCAUCGCUGGGGCUGCCGCCACAGGCACCAGCACCGGUACCGUCGUUGUCACAGGCAGGACAACCGUCGCAGACUCAUCUGCUUGACAUGUUGCCCUGCCAGCCGGUCUGCAGUGCAGCCGUCUCCUCUGUCGGGUCUACGGUCUCGGGACUGUGCGGCCUCGGCUCGGCCGGACUCAUGUCGCCCGUUUCCUCCGCCUCGUCCGGCUCAAUGUUGUCCAAUUCGUCCGUCUCGGGGAUGCAGUUGAACAGCAUGCACCAACAUCUCCAUCACCACCUCAAGCCUCUGGCCACCUCCCUGGGCUCCGGGGUCGUCUCGCAGGCCGGCUGCUACACCGUCAACCCGUCGCCCAACGCCAGUCUCAUCCCCUACCCGAUGAUGUCUCGCACCAGUCUGCGUUCCACUCAUCUUCAGCUGCAGCAACAGCAGCAGCAGCAGCAGCAACAACAACAACAACUCCAACAGCAGCAGCAACAACAACAGCACCAACAGCAGUUACUCACGUCGUCUGGCCAGACAGUAUUUUCAGCCCGGCUGGGCUCCCUGCGCAACCACUUCUCGACGCCCGCCACUGCAGAGGCGGCGGCGGCGGCGGCGGCCGGAGUUUCCGCCCUUGAAGAAGAAGAAGAAGAAGAGGAGGAGGAGGAGGAGCAGGAUGUGAAGGAUGUGCAGAUGCUGGACGCCUCCGGGGGCGACGAGGGCCUGGGGAAUAGCAGCGCCGGCACUGGCGGAGCCUCGGACGGUGGGGAGACGGGCAACGGCGCCGGUGUGGCCGGCGGUUCCGGAGGGGCUUCCGAUGAGGCGUUUGCUGACAUCACCAAGCCAGACACGCUUUCCGAGUGA